AUGGAGAGCCAAGUGGUUUCCAUCUCGUCUUCUUCCGAUUCUUCCUCGACCAAACUGGUUGUGGCAGAGAAAGAUUCGACCAAACCCAACAAGGUGGAGCCUGGGGCGAUGAAUCCGAAACCCGGGUUUCAGAUCUUGUCUAGGGACAGGAUCCAGAACCAUCAUUUGGGGUGGGGAGAGGAUCACCGCCACCACCAUCAGGAGGGGGGGAGCUCUUCGAGAUCUAGGGUUUACACCUGCAAUUUCUGCAAGAAGGAGUUCUCUACUUCCCAAGCCCUAGGUGGCCAUCAAAACGCUCACAAACAGGAACGGGAGUGGGAGAAGAAGCGCAAGCAGAUCGAAUUGGAGUAUCCUAGCCUCGCUUUUUUACAUCCCUAUUUGAAUAGAUCGCCGUUCUCGAGCGGAUCUUGGAUUAACAGUUUAUCAUAUGAUAACCAUCUUGGUUCGCGUUUUGAUGCUUUUUUUCAAAAACCCAGUUUUUAUACUCCGGCCAAUAAUACCGUCGGAUACAGCUCGGGAUACGGCACCCUGGCCAUGGUUCCCCGUGUCCCUCCCGCCGCCGAUAACAAUCGGGUUUUCGCCGGAAAAGAUCUUGUCCUGAACGACGAUGAUUUCUCAAAAAACUUGUUUCCUAGCAAUGGUUUUCCAAAAGAUCUUCAUUCAAAUGAUGUUUUGCCAAAAGAUUUCGCUCUUCGUAGCAAUGUAGGAUCGUCGAAAAGCUUAUUCAUCGGCGAUGGUCGCUCGAGAAAUCUCAUCUCGAUCUUUGGAGGAAACAGCUCUACUACCGACAAAGAUCUCGCCGACAAGGAAGAUGUUCAACAGAAGAAUGUUUGCGCCAAAGAAUGGGGGCAAGAUUUAUCUCUCUAG